AAAUUCAAGUUUAUUACUGAAGAUGUUAAAGGUAAAAAUUGUUUGACUAAUUUCCAUGGAAUGGACCUUACCCGAGACAAGAUGUGUUCCAUGGUCAAAAAGUGGCAGACCAUGAUCGUAGCCCAUGUUGAUGUCAAAACUACCGAUGGGUACUUGCUCCACCUCUUUGGUUUUAUCAAAAAGUGCAACAACCAGAUCGGUAAGACGUCUUAUGCCCAGCACCAACAGGUCCGUCAAAUUUAUAAGAAAAUGGUGGAGAUCAUGACCCGAGAGGUGAAGACAAAUGACUUGAAAGAAGUUGUCAAUAAACUAAUUCCAGACAGCAUUGGAAAAAGACAUAGAAAAGACUUGCCCAUUUACUCUCUCCAUAAUUUAUUUGUCCAAAACAUCAAGAUGUUCAAGAAGCCCAAAUCUGAAUUGGGAAAGCUAAUGGAACUACAUUGUGAAGGUGGUGGCUCUGGAAAACCUUUAGGAGAUGAAACGGGCACAAAAGUUUCUGAGAUUGCAGAUGAACACCGAAAGUACCAAGAAGGACAGGAAGCUGCCAUCAUGGAUUCUUCAAAGGCAGCAAAGCCAGGACUUGACUGGCUGGGGGUGGUCAAGGCUCAGCUCCGCCUCUCCGUGCAGUUUCCUAGUAGCCGCUGGCUGUCUUACACGACUUCUCAGGUACCUCCUGUAGUUCAGGACUCAGUCGCCAGGAGGCGCAGGAGGAGGCAGGACUUGCGGGCAAGGAAAGCCGAGACAGGGAGGGCGGGGGAGGCGGGGUCCCGUCAGCUGAACGCUGCAGCACGUGAUCCGGGCCGGCCGGCAGCCGCGGGUCACAUGACAGGGCCGGAAGCGGCGCCGGGAAUGGCUCUAAGGGAGGGUGGUGAGGCUGGAGCCAGAGCCGGAGUCUGGAGGCGGGAGCGGGUGAGUCAGGGUGGGAUGGAACGGGCGUGCAGUGGGCUGGUAUCUGUCCCGGGGUGA